AUGGAGACCCCGGCCCGAGACCCUUCGCGCGAGCGCCUCUUCCUGCCGCAGGCGCUACGCCUGGUGGAGGACGGCCGUGUGGCCGUCGAUGGUCAGCGGGAGUUUGAUCCCGUGGCCCUGGUGAGUCGGGACGCCGAGGUGCUGGUUUUGGGUGAAGACGGCCAGGAUGUGGCAGUGGAUGCGCCCAGCGACGCAUAUCUGAAGUUCUUCAAGCCCCGUGGGGUGGUCACCUCCCACAACGAGAAGUCCAGCCAACGCCCCGUCAUUGCGAGUUUUUACCCUGCAGACGCUCCAAGCUCCCUCCACAAUGCGGGCCGGCUGGACCGUGACAGCGAGGGGCUCUUGCUGCUCACCACGGACGGCCAUUUCACCCAUUUCGCGACAGCCCCCGACAAGUCCUUCGAGAAGGAGUACGUGGCGCUGACCUGCUGCGCCAAGGAUCGGGCGGCGCCCUCCCCGGAAUGCCUUCGCCGCCUCGUCGAGGGAGUCGAGCUCUCCGAUGGCUUUGUG